AAACGACUAGGGUUUAUGUCGUUUUGGAGCUCCAUCUUGACGACGUUGUGUGGGCUAGCAUUCAAGUCCUCUCCCUCCCUUUACACCGUUUCAGUCUCGUUACUGCUUCAGUAGAGCUCCAAAGGGUUGUGGGGAUAUAGCUGUUAGAAAAUGACUUCAACAACGACGCAACCGCCUUCGCUCAAGCGAAGAGAUUCGUUUUCGGCUAGGGAAGAAGAUAAACUUAUUGUAACCCCUUUAGGAGCGGGUAAUGAAGUCGGCCGUUCUUGUGUGUACAUGACCUACAAGGGGAAGACUGUAUUGUUCGAUUGUGGGAUUCAUCCUGCCUACUCAGGCAUGGCUGCUUUGCCAUACUUUGAUGAGAUUGAUCCUUCAACAGUGGAUGUCCUUCUCAUCACUCAUUUCCACUUGGAUCAUGCUGCAUCUCUACCUUACUUUCUGGAAAAGACCACAUUCAAAGGCCGGGUUUUCAUGACUUAUGCUACAAAAGCUAUCUACAAGUUGCUUUUAACAGAUUACAUCAAAGUGAGCAAAGUUUCUGUUGAAGAUAUGCUGUUUAAUGAACAGGACAUAAAUCGCUCCAUGGAUAAAAUUGAGGUUAUUGAUUUUCAUCAAACAGUUGAGGUCAAUGGCAUCCGAUUUUGGUGUUACACAGCUGGUCAUGUCCUCGGAGCUGCUAUGUUUAUGGUUGACAUAGCUGGUGUUAGAGUUCUCUACACUGGAGAUUAUUCACGUGAAGAAGACCGACAUCUCCGUGCUGCAGAAACCCCACAGUUCUCUCCUGAUAUAUGCAUAAUUGAGUCCACUUAUGGUGUCCAGCAUCAUCAACCUCGGAAUAUUCGAGAGAAGAGGUUCACUGAUGUUAUACACUCAACCAUUUCUCAGGGAGGUCGUGUUCUAAUUCCUGUGUUUGCCCUUGGUCGUGCCCAAGAACUCCUCCUCAUUCUUGAUGAGUACUGGUCUAAUCAUCCUGAGCUUCAGAAUAUACCAAUAUACUAUGCUUCUCCACUUGCAAAACGUUGUUUGUCUGUUUACGAGACAUACACUCUUUCGAUGAAUGAUAGGAUCCGAAAUGCAAAGUCAAAUCCCUUCAUCUUCAAGCACAUAUCUCCAUUAAAGAGCAUCGAGAAUUUUAAGGAUGUGGGUCCAUCAGUGGUUAUGGCAAGCCCUGGUGGGCUUCAAAGUGGGUUAUCAAGGCAACUCUUUGAUAUGUGGUGCUCUGAUAAGAAAAACUCUUGUGUUCUUCCAGGUUAUGUGGUUGAAGGGACGCUAGCCAAAACAAUUAUUAGUGAGCCGAAAGAAGUCACUCUCAUGAAUGGCCUAACUGCUCCUCUCAACAUGCAGGUCCACUACAUCUCAUUCUCUGCUCACGCGGACUCUGCCCAAACAAGUGCAUUCUUGGAAGAAUUGAGGCCUCCCAACAUAAUUCUUGUUCAUGGAGAAGCUAACGAAAUGGGGAGGCUCAAACAGAAGCUCGUGACUCAAUUUAUAGACCGUAACACUAAAAUCCUCACCCCAAAGAAUUGUCAAUCUGUUGAAAUGUAUUUUAACUCUCAGAAAAUGGCUAAAGCUAUCGGAAAGCUAGCUGAGAAGACCCCAGAAGUUGGUGAAGUUGUCAGUGGUUUACUGGUAAAGAAAGGCUUUAGUUAUCAGAUAAUGGCUCCGGAUGAUCUUCAUGUCUUCUCACAGCUAGCAACGGCAAAUAUUACUCAAAGGAUAACUAUUCCAUAUUCCAAUGUUUUCAGCAUAAUAAAGCACCGGCUAAAGCAGAUAUAUGACAGUGUAGAGUCUUCAACAGAUGAAGAAUCUGGUGUACCAACACUGCGAGUACAUGAUCGCGUAACAGUGAAGCAGGAGUCUGAGAAUCAUAUUUCACUGCAUUGGACUUCAGAUCCCAUUAGUGACAUGGUGUCGGACUCCAUUGUGGCCCUGGUUUUGAAUAUCAACCGUGAAGUCCCCAAAGUAGUUGCUGAGUCAGAGGAUAACAAAAUUGAGGAAGAUAAUGAGAAGAAGGCUGAAAAGGUUAUUUAUGCACUUCUGGUAUCGCUCUUUGGAGAUGUGAAGCUCGGAGAGAAUGGAAAACUUGUGAUUACUGUUGAUGGAAAUGUGGCGCAGCUUGAUAAACUGAGUGGGGACGUCGAAAGUGAAAACGAGGGUCUCAAGGAAAGAGUAAGGACAGCAUUCCGCCGAAUUCAAAAUGCUGUUAAGCCAAUCCCUCUCUCUGCUUCUUAGCUCCUCACUGCAGUUUCUUUUGUAGUUUGUAUGUAACUGUAAUCUCUCAAUAGAAAGAAAGAAAGAGGUCAGUUUUAGGGACUCUUCACUUCUCAUAAUACUAUAUCACCUUUGAGUUUUUUAUUUUCUUUCCUUUUCUAUUUCUAGUAUCCAGAAAUUUUGGUUUUUGAUGGCUAAAGUUUAUUGAGUAUGUGUAUGCUAGGGGUAUAUGUGGGAACAAAUUCAAUGCAUGCCUACCAUUAGUUCAAAACUUCAAAUAGUAUUGGCUCUAGUAUUUUCAA